GUGUGAUGUCAGUAGGAGUGUCUGUAGUGUUCUAACACUAUUUUUCUUAACUAUUGAUGGGUUCAUUCAAAAUAUGAAAUAUUUUGGGGCUUUUUUUAUUGAAGUUAUCUAUAGAGUAAGUUUAAAAUAAUUUUCUUUUUAUGACCAGUUCACUGUAAAAAUUAUCAUUAUAUUUUAGCUGCCAUUAGGUAGUAUGGAGAAACAUAUAUUUUUGAAAUUUCUCUUAAAUCAUACUUACCUGGUGAAUACACAUUUCAAGCAUUCAAGGACUAGCUUUUUUAGAAAAUUGUCAUUUUUUAAUGAUACAAUACCCCCAAAAAUUAAGCUGUUAUCUUAUUACUUGAUAUGUAUAUAUAGGCAAGUCAGCUGUUUAAUUUGUGGGUGUGGGAAAAUUGGUUUAUUUUUAAUAGAGUGGAAAAGACCCUUAUGAUUUAGAAGAAAAUACAUCUUCCAAAUUACUUUCUGAUUGUUACUUGAAUUCCUUCUGGCUUCUUUGUGCCUCGAUACGCUUCAUUGUUCGCACAAGUGUGAUGGCAUUUUUACUGUUUGAAAUAGAAAAUGUAUUAAUAGUGAAUGUUUAAAAUAAGAUUUGAAAACAAGCUAUGAAGAAAUCUGUUAAUCAAAAAUUGUGCCUGUCUCCUUCUCAACCGUGGCUUGUUUUUUUUGAUACUUGUGAACUGCGCAAGCAAUUAGCCAAGUGGAAUAGACAGUAAAUGCUGAUGUUGUUCAUUAAAAUUAAUUACUUGUGUGGUUGCCUGGGAAACCUGUGCUUGAGUGCCACUCAGGAAAGGUGAAGCAAGGCUUAGCCUGAAGUUAGGUAUCUUUCUGAUUGGCAGCAGUUUAGCACAUCGGCUUUUUAAUCCCAGAGAGAUUGCUGCAGCUAAGGCAAGGCUUUUGGUUAAUGUAGUCCUUCUGUCAAAAAGGCCUUUUCCUUUCCUUGGCCUUUAAAUGAGAGUAGAUACCUAAAGUUCAGCUUGUAGUUUAGCAGGAACUUUGAUACCGAGUGUCUAAAAUAGUAAAUUGCAUUUUGAUUUGAGACAGGGGCAUGGCCUCAUCCUGGUAGUAGUCAUUAACUUUGUUGUACAUGUUUUGAGAUUUGGACUGUAAGGGAAUGAAUUUUCACCAACAUCCUUGAAAUUCUUCAUAUAGGCAGCAAGUGGAAUUUGAAUGCCUGUAGGUAGUGUCUGGAGUGUCAGCGUCCUAUAAUCCAUUCCACUAUGUUUAAUGAUUAAGGUUUUUCAAGGGACAUUAGUCCUCAAAUGCUGUUUUUGUAGUGGCAAAUAGCAGGAAAUUUUCUUGGCUUCUUCUUUUGACAAAUGAGAGAAACAGGGAAUUGAAACUAGUAAUGCAUCAAUAAAAGUUUGGAUUUUUUUCUCUUAAUAAAAACGUAGUGGUUUCUUUUUAAUGCUGGGCCAGUGUGCAUCAGAGUUCAAAAUCACAUGAGUUUAAUUUUAAACUUUCCUACUAGGUCUGUGUCGUGUGUUUAUGAUUUAACCACUACCUGUAAGCUCUGUCUGUAUUUGGCUGAUUGUGUAUCUCAUCAGACUUGUGUGUGUGUGCUCCAUUUUUUUAUAUUGAAAUGCUACAAAACAGGAACUCUGUUAAACCAAUGUAAAGGCUGCUCUAAUGGGACGAUUUAUUUCCUUUCUGUAAACUACUAAUAGUUUGCUUGCUGUAGAAAAGUACCUUUUAAGACGUGGCAUUUCUAGAGUCACCAAUAACAUAACACUGUCAAAUUACCACAUUAUCUCAUUCGUUUGGUUUGCAUCAAGAUGGGUGAGAGGGGAUUUCCUUCCUUCCUUGAAAGUUUAACUAAAAUUUGAAACUCCCGUAGGCAUUUUAGUGCAGCAUUUUACACUUUGCCAAGCGCCGGCACCCCGCGACUCCACCACGUCCUGGCCCGUGUCACGGGGCCGAGCGGGACCGCCCCGGAUCCUUCCUCCCGCCCCGGAUCCUUCCUCCCGCCCCGGAUCCUUCCUCCCGCCGCGGGGCCCGGAAGGGCGGGCGGCAGGAAGGAAGGAAGGCAGGCAGGCGGGCCGGGAGGAAGGGGCGGGCGCGGGCGCAGCAGCAGCAUGGUGAGCACCCGGCGGGCGGCGGCGCGGCGCCGGGAGCCGGGGGCGCGGGCAGGCGGCAGCAGCAGCCCCGGCGAUGGCGAUGGCGAUGGCGAUGCCGCCGGCGCGGCGGAGGUGGGAUCUGCUGAAAUUAGUACUCCUGUGACUAGGAGGAUGUCUAGAAGAACUAAAUCAGUUUGUAAGCCAGAGGUGAUUCAGGAAUGUCAGUUUGAAGAGUUGGAACAUGCAGAAAUGAAAUCAGAUGUCAGUGAUAGCUCAGAGAUGCAGGUCACUAGGAAUGAGAACACAACUGUUCCAUCAGCACAAUCAGUUGCUGAACCACAAGUUGACGGGGAUGUGUCAGAAGCAGAAUCAAACUGCUCUUCUGUGUCUGGUCUCCAGACACCUUUGUUUGUAAGAGUAACACGGAGGCGACAAAUUGUAAUUCCUUAUCAACCAGAUUCUGCUGGCAAAAAAAGACAUGACAACACAGCUUUUGUAAAUAAGUUAAGUAGGAUUCUGGAUGAAGAUGAUGUCUCUGAAGCUGAGUCUUCUUCCUCUGCUGUUUCUGGUGUCCAGAUGCUUAAUGUUCCCACAAGUACGAGGAGCAGACAAAGUAAAAAGAAAUUGCAGCCACACAGAGGUCGUGAAGCCCAGAGUGAAGAUACUUCUGAUGCGGAAUCACGUUGCCCAAGUUCUCUUGUGGAACCAUAUGUCACUCCAAAACGAGUUACUAGGAGCAUGCAAAUGAAAUCACAAGCAGAAAAUACUAAGCAGACUCAGAAAAAAAAAGUAUUUGUUUCACAAGAUGAGAAUUUAAUUGAGGGCACUGUUAAAUCUGAUCCCAUCAUAAUUCCUGAUUCUGAUCCCAUCAUAAGUCCUGAUUCUAGGCCUACUGCAGAACUUGUCAAUGACACGGAAGAAAAUGCUUCCACCCUCAUUGACGGUAAUAAAGAACCCAGUUCACCCAAAAGCAAAUGUGCUAGUGCAGCCUGGAGUGAAGACACAAAAGAGAUUUUAAAUGAUGUGGCAUGCAGUCUUACAAAAACAACACAAAGUGACACUAAAUCACUUGUGAAAAAAACAAAAAAAACUACCCAGUCUGUUGAGAUAGACCAUUCAGAAGCAAUAUGUGGCCAAAUACAAGAAGAUCACAGUAACAUACUUGCAGGAAAGGGGAAAUCAGAGCAUGUGUCUAUUUCUUUGACUGACUGCGUGAGUCCCAAACAAUUUCUAGAAUCCCAAGGACAAGUAACACCAAAUGAAAGUAAAAAAAUCACAGAAUGUCAAAGAGCAGAUGCUGAGGUAGAUGCACAGCAGUCUUUCUCAUGUGAUGAUAAAUUAAGGAAAAGUAAGCAAGCUAGUGCAGUGAGCAGCCCAUCAAUGGACAUGGCUGUUGCACAGACAACUGAAAGUACUGGUAAGAGCAGGAUGCUCAAAAUUGAUGGAGACAGUGGUGACAACCAAACAGAAGACUUUGAGGUGUCCCACAGCAGUGAAAAACCAAGCGGUGAUAAUAACUCUCUCGCAUUGUUUCUGAGCAACAGUGAAAGUGAUGACUCUGAAAAUAGUGAUGUGGCAGACAUAGAUACAGUUGAUGAGAAUCUGUGUUAUAAAAAGUCAGAUGAGAAAACUCCUUCCCCCAAAAAAUCUUUAAAAAGUGGUUCACUGCAUGUUGAAGGUCUUUUUGUAAUUGAUACCGAGCCUGGCAUGAGUUCCAGCCAAAAGUAUUAUCUGGAUGAUGUAGACCAAGACAGUGAUGCUAAAAGUAAGGAUGAAGGAGGUGAAAAAGAUGAAGAAUCAGACUUGGAAGAGGAUGAAGAGGAAUUAAUAGAUGAAGAUGAAAAAGAUGAAGAUGAUGAUCUGUUGAAAAAUAAGGUUGACGUUUUACAUCUUUCCAGUAGCAUAGACCCUGGUUUGAAUAUCAAGAAGCUUGGAGGUUUAUAUAUCAGUUUUGAUGCCAAAAAUCAGAAGCCUGGAUCAAGUAUAAUUGAACCACUGAAGGAGAAGAAGAAGAAGAAGGACCAGCUCUUGCAGAACAGUAUAAUAACUCCAGACUUUGAAAGAAAGGAAUGUGUCCCACCCUACAGGGAAUCACUUCACCAGCUAAAGAAACAGCGCAGGGCAGAGCGAGAGAAAACAACAGGUGAUGGCUGGUUUGGUAUGAAAGCCCCAGAAAUGACAAGUGAACUGAAAAAUGAUCUUAAAGUUUUGAAGAUGAGAGCUUCAUUGGACCCUAAGCAUUUCUAUAAGAAGAAUGACAGAGAUGGUCUCCCCAAGUACUUCCAGGUUGGAACUGUAGUUGAUUCUCCCAUAGACUUUUACCACAGUCGAAUCCCUAAGAAGCAGAGGAAGAGAACAAUUGUGGAGGAGCUGCUUGCAGAUUCAGAGUUCAGAAGAUAUAAUAAAAAGAAGUAUCAGGAGAUCAUGAGUGAAAAAGCAGCUUUUGCAGCAGGGAAGAGGAAUCGGAAGAAGAAGAAAUUUCACAAUUAAGAAUUGAAGAAAAAUACCAAGCUGGAACAACUUGUUUGUUAUAAAACUUUCUUACAGAAUGCUUUGGUUGUGGUGUUUUGUUUGGUUUCUUUUAAGAUUGCAGGUCAUGUGCAAAUUGAGGUUUAGGGAAAUUCUUGCCAUGCGAAUAAAGCUAGGAAGCUUUAGCAAAUUAUCAGGUAUCUCAAUUUAGAUUAAUUUAAAUUUUAAAAUUGCUAUUUAUUUUAAUUAAUAUUUAUGUAAAGAGAUAAUGAUAUGAAAGCAUAUUAUUAAAUCUAAGUAAAAAAUUCAGCUUCACAGGUUGUGGUCUUCUCAGGCUUCAGACUUCACAUCAGUUAAUUAGUAAAUUCAGUUUAAAGUUAUUUGUGUAAUUCAUCUUGGCACAUAUUGUGUGCUAGAAUGUAUUUUUCUAUGACUUGUCAGAGGUACUGCUGGCCAAAACUGUAAUGGAAGGUAUUGAAAAAUGGUUUGGUUGUGAAGGAUUUAUUUCAACACUGACCAUAAUGGUGUAAAGAAUGUCCUGGAAUUCAGUGCCUACACAUAUACUUUUAUAUUUAUAUGUGUAUACAUUAUUAUUAUAAUAUAUAUAUAUAUAAUUUAGAAGAGACAAAUUACACAUUAAUUAUUACAUAAGUAAUACUUACAUGUCAGAUUUUAACAAUCAUAUUUUGCUUUUAUUAAUUUUUACUAUUUAUUGUCUAAUGAUAUUUUUGGAAAUUGCUUAACAUUGGCAUCCAUUCUGUAGGAUGUGUUGUGCAGAUUGUCUGUUAGCUGACCUGGAAUAGCUCAAGGUGAGCAAAUAGAGUGAGUCUGGAAGGCCUCUGCUGCCAUUGCACAGAGCUGGCAUUGCCUCAGUUCCCCCUCAGUGACAGUUCAUGACCUUUUGUGAUGGUGAGAACUGCUGCAGUGUUUGGUUGGUUUUAAUGACCUGGUCAUUAUUGGUUACUGCCCUGGGGUAGCAGAAAAGAUGGAUAAUAGAAGAAAUUAAGCUGGCACUACAUUGUCUUAGGUGGAUUGGGUGAUUAGGAUGUAGCAGUCACCAUCAGAGGACCAGUGGUUGAUUGUUUCCUUACCACAAGAACACUGCAUCUUAAAGGUUGCAGAUCCUAAGCAAGAAGUGCUUCACUAAUGUUUAACCAUCAAGUUUUCUACUGAGAAUUAGUUUUUUUAAGGAUUAGUUAUUUAUGCUGAAAUGAGCAUUGUGGUAUGUAUUAACCAGUGACUGAUGCUUGAAAGAAAUUUUCCUCAGA